UACGUGGUCCGGGCGCUGACUGGAUACCCCACGUCCGCUCCGGCACAAGCACUGGCGGACGUCGUGCGUGUGGACCUCACCGUUCCGACGGACGUCCAUGAGGCGCUACAAGGAUGCUGGGGCGUGUUCGGCGUCACGAACUUCUAUGACCCCAAAAUCAAGGAUGACCCAGAGAGCGAGGAGAGGCAGGGCAAGAACCUGGUCGAUGCCGCCUUAGCUGCCGGGAAAUACCACGUCACGCAGUACAUCCAGGAGACAGGUCUUCCCGCGACCUUCCUUUACACGGGCAACUUCUACGAGAACAUGGUCUAUCGCUCGCACAUGGUGUAUCACCGCGACAAGGACCAGGUGGAGUUCCUUCAGCCCAUCGUCUCAGUCGCGAUGCUCUACGUCGAGAAGAACCUGUCUGCCAUCACGAAGGCCGUACUCGACCACUGGGGGGACGAGCCAUGCGGAGCUGAACCACAAGUUCCUUUACUGUGCCAGCGGGCGGCUCUCCGCUCUAUAAUUGCGAUAGCACCCUCGAUCACGGGAACGCCGUGCGCCUGCACGAUUCUCAUGACGACGCAUGUACCUGACCGCGACAUCAUGCUGCAUCUCUACAACGAGAUGGGGAUGUACGGCACGAAGGAGAUCCCGGACGAGAACGUCUUGAAGUUGGGCGUGCGGCUGCAUGACAUCGACAACUUUGUGCGGAGCAGGCUGACGCUUCACUUGGGCUUGUCAGUCGUGGUCUGA